AAGUGUCUUGUAGAUGGGAUCCUGGUACGGUUUCCUCACCCCUCUCCUCUCUUCCUCUGUCCCCCUGUCGGUCUUCUCUCCAGGUAUCCGACCCCAGAUCAUGAACGGGCCGAUGCACCCUCGCCCCUUAGUGGCCCUGCUGGACGGGCGUGACUGCACCGUGGAGAUGCCCAUCCUAAAAGACCUGGCCACCGUCGCCUUCUGUGACGCACAGUCCACACAGGAGAUACACGAGAAGGUGUUGAACGAGGCGGUAGGGGCCAUGAUGUACCACACCAUCACUCUGACCAGAGAGGACCUGGAGAAGUUCAAGGCUCUGCGCAUCGUCAUCCGCAUCGGAAGCGGCUACGACAACAUCGACAUCAAGGCAGCCGGAGAGCUGGGUGUAGCAGUGUGUAACAUCCCGUCGGCCUGCGUGGAGGAGACAGCGGACUCCACCAUGUGUCACAUCCUCAACCUGUACCGACGAAACACCUGGUUGUACCAGGCUCUCCGGGAGGGCACGCGGGUCCAGAGUGUGGAGCAGAUCAGGGAGGUGGCGUCCGGAGCGGCACGCAUCCGUGGGGAGACGCUCGGCCUUAUUGGCUUCGGUCGUUCGGGUCAGGCGGUGGCAGUGCGGGCCAAAGUGUUUGGCUUCAACGUGAUAUUCUACGACCCCUACCUGCAGGACGGCUUGGAGCGUUCCCUGGGCGUCCAGCGCGUCUACACCCUACAGGACCUCCUCUAUCAGUCAGACUGUGUGUCUCUGCACUGCAACCUGAAUGAACACAACCACCAUCUCAUCAACGACUUCACCAUCAAACAGAUGCGUCAGGGAGCGUUCCUGGUCAAUGCAGCGCGGGGAGGGCUGGUGGAUGAGAAGGCCCUGGCUCAGGCCCUGAAGGAGGGGAGGAUACGUGGCGCUGCCCUGGACGUGCACGAGAUAGAACCGUUCAGUUUUGCUACGGGCCCUCUGAAGGAUGCUCCCAACCUGAUCUGUACACCACACACAGCCUGGUACAGUGAACAGGCUUCUCUGGAGAUGAGAGAGGCAGCUGCCACCGAGAUACGAAGAGCCAUCAGCGGCCGCAUCCCUGACAGCCUAAGAAACUGUGUGAAUAAGGAGUUCUUUGUGACCACAGGACCGUGGGCAGUAAUGGACCAGCAAGGUGUCCACCCAGAGCUCAAUGGCACCGCCUACAGGUACCCGCCAGGCAUGAUUGGCAUGGCUCCAGGGGUGAUCCCGGGUGGGUUAGAGGGGAUGGUGCCAGGGGGGGUACCAAUCGCCCAUACCUUGCCCUCUGGUACGCACCCAUCCCAGGCCCCCUCGCCCAACCAGCCAGCCUCCAAACACUGUCACGGAGAAACCAGAGAGCACCUCACCGAGCAAUAGCACCCUGACCGCCAGCAUAGCAGCCAGCCAACCAGCAGAGAGGACAACAACAACAGGAAGAGCAUCAUGCUCCUCAACACCUCCUCAAACUCAACCAGCAGAGAGGACAACAACAACAGUGCCACAGGCAGCAGCUAAUGGGGAUCCAUCAUAAAUACAAAGGAAGAGCAACAUGCUCCUCAACAUGCUCCUCAAACUCAACCAGUAGAGAGGACAACAACAACAACAACAACAACAGCAACAACACCUCCUCAAACUCAACCAGUAGAGAGGACAACAACAACAACAACAACACCUCCUCAAACUCAACCAGUAGAGAGGACAACAACAACAACAACAACAACACCUCCUCAAACUCAACCAGUAGAGAGGACAACAACAGCAACAACACCAACAACAACAACAACAACAUGCUCCUCAAACUCAACCAGUAGAGAGGACAACAACAACAACAACAACACCUCCUCAAACUCAACCAGUAGAGAGGACAACAACAACAACAACACCAACAACAACAACACCUCCUCAAACUCAACCAGUAGAGAGGACAACAACAACAACAACAACACCUCCUCAAACUCAACCAGUAGAGAGGACAACAACAACAACAACACCAACAACAACAACACCUCCUCAAACUCAACCAGUAGAGAGGACAACAACAACAACAACAACACCUCCUCAAACUCAACCAGUAGAGAGGACAACAACAACAACACCAACAACAACAACAUGCUCCUCAAACUCAACCAGUAGAGGACAACAACAACAACAACAACAACAACACCUCCUCAAACUCAACCAGUAGAGAGGACAACAACAACAACAACAACAACAACAUGCUCCUCAAACUCAACCAGUAGAGAGGACAACAACAACAACAACAACAACAACUCAAGCUACACUCACAACCAACUCACAUAAACAAACACACAAACUGAAGCGCCCGACUGAAGUGGGACCAGUAAGACACAGAACACAACGAUAUAUACCGUCAGCCCUGGGAAUAAACCUACCAAACUGUGAAUGAAGAAGCAGUUCCUUCACGGAUUUGUACUUAACGUUUUAGUUUUGACCGUCUCGUUGGUCCGUACGGUCUCUUUAGGUUCAGUACCAACUACUACAGUACUCAUUUUAUUUUGGGAACAUGCCCAUUUGGUCUGUUGUGUGGGACCAUGGGUCCAGUGUUAGCUAUCUAUCGCCGUCGUAUAGUGGCAAGCAGAGAGGAGACUGACAGCCCCGCCCACACCUCAGAGCAUCAUGGGAAGACAUCCUGACCAAUGGGAGGACAUGAGAGAAACCUUUGACAUCACCCCCCCA